AGAUAAUUUAUUUCUUGGAGAUGUCAAUGUAGUGACCAAGAUUGAGGAUGACAUCUUAAAAAUUGGAGGUUGUCAUAAUGAAGUUAAAAAUUUGUUUGCAAAGAUACAAGAAUGGAUUGCUUUGAAAGAUUUCGAGGUAAUCAAUAAUGUAGAUAGGAAACCUACUUCUCUGAAACACAAGGAAGGUGAAGAUUAUGAUGUUGAAAACCGCAAACAUGGAGGAUCAAAGAGGUCACAAACCACUAAAUCAACUACGACUAGUGACCACAAGGAAGGUGAAGAUUAUGAUGUUGAAAACCCCAAACAUGGAGAAUCAAAGAGGUCACAGACCACUAAAUCAACUACGACUAGUGACCACAAGGAAGGUGAAGAUUAUGAUGUUGAAAACCCCAAACAUGGAGAAUCAAAGAGGUCACAGACCACUAGAUCAACUACGACUAGUGACCACAAGGAAGGUGAAGAUUAUGAUGUUGAAAACCCCAAACAUGGAGAAUCAAAGAGGUCACAAACCACUAAAUCAACUACGACUAGUGACCACAAGGAAGGUGAAGAUUAUGAUGUUGAAAACCCCAAACAUGGAGAAUCAAAGAGGUCACAGACCACUAGAUCAACUUCGACUAGUGACCACAAGGAAGGUGGAGAUUAUGAUGUUGAAAAACCCAAACAUGGAGGAUCAAAGAGGUUACAGACCACUAGAUCGACUUCGACUAGCGUAAACCAUCGAAAUAGAAGCUGCAGCUUUUCAGUAACAUUGACGUCUCCCUCCGAUUGCUUGUAUAUUUGCCAGUCAAGUUUGAAUAGAAAAUCAGAACUGGAUCUUUGUUUUGACUACACAUUCGAUUUAAAACCAGCUGCAAGUGGUACAAAAGAUGUGAUAUUUGCAAAAUACCAUGGUAAAAACGGAAACCUAAUAAAGUUUUUAGUUGGAGAAACAAUAAGACCAUACGAUGCCAAUGAAGUCAUUUUGGUGUUAUGCAAUAGGCCAAACUAUGAUGUUCAGCUUUUUGACAAUGAUGUAACAUUAUUUGAAAAGUUUAAGGAUCAAAGCGGAAAUAUGGUUGGUAAUGUUUUGAAAAUUCUCACAGAAAAGGGUAAACCUUGUCUUGCUUUUAUCAUGAAUUCUCAAGAAAUGAAGAAGAAACUAAGUAAGUUGGACAGUGAAUUCAACAGUUUAAUGAAAGGGCAUAGAUAUAAAUCAGUGAUAUUGUUGUGGGAUUAUUAUCUGAAAGAUCCAAAUAAUAUGAUGUCAUAUGUUUUGAAGAAGUUAGCUGAUGGAGAUGGGCCGUUUAAACAUCUAGAGAAGACAGUGCUGAUUCCUAAAGAGAAUUCAUUAUCUGUUGUAAAAUGUGAAAUACAGAAGUUUCUUGGACAAGACUCAAUGGAUUUUAAUGCAGAAGGUCAUUACAUCGAAAUAGUACCUGGUAGCAUUGAACAACAAGCGGUUGAUGUUAUUGUAAACUCUACAAGGAAGAAUCUUGAUCUUUCCAUAGGCUGUAUAUCAAAUGCUAUUUUGGAAAGGGCGGGUUAUCAAAUACAAUUAGAAUGUAAAAGAAAUGGCAUAUCUGACAAUGGAAUUGCGGUUACCACAGGAGGAAAAUCUUCUUUUAAACAUAUCUUCCACGUGUGCUUGCCGUAUUUCAAUUCUAUUAAAGAGCCAAUGAAGAAGUUGAGAGAUGUUUUAAGGAAUUGUCUUGAACAGGCAAAUCGUCUUCAAAUGACCAGUAUUGCUUUCCCUGUACUCGGUAUUGGUAAUCUGGAAUACCCUGUUCAUCUUGUAGCCAGAUGUAUGAUAGAUGAAAUAAAUGAAUAUUUCAGAAUCUUAAAGAGGAGACACCUGUGUCAUGUCAUGAUUGUAGCUUACGAUGAAAUAUCUCAACAGGCAUUCUAUCGUGAAAAUUUACACAGAGUCCGUUUAUGUAACAUAGCUGGGGACUUUGUGCACAAGGUAGAAAUAGCUAUUAAAGCUGACGAGGAAGACAAAUGCGAUAUAGAACAAAGACUGAAAGAACGAAUAAAAAGGAGACAGCUCUAUAAUACUAGUGAAGAUUUAUCAGAAAAUUUGGAAUUUCCAUCUGAAUCAAGAUCUGCUGCAACAGAAGAUGGAGAAAUGGAUGUUAGAAACAAGAAUCGACCAAGAAACUUGCAACAUCACGAAGAAAGGUGUGUUAUUGUAACAGGAUCUGAUAAUCUGUUUGCUGCUUUAGAGAGUGUUCUUGUGUCACAAUUUAUGAAUGAUGGAAUUAAUCCCAUGUGCUUCAUUACACCAUUUGAGAGUGAUCAUAAUAAAGCAUUUAUAGCUUUCAAGAGUUCAGAAGAAAGAGUUUCUGCUUGCAAUUCAAAAAAGUUUGAAAAGUUGACAUUUGAAACUCCAAGUUAUAUAAUGAAUGAUUUUUCAUGUCAUGUGAGCAUCCCACCAAAUAAAAUUAUGACAGUCAAAGAAUUAAAAAUGGAAUUAGAAAAAGCUUCUGGCGUUUUUGUAGACAUCAUUGAUCAGAAUAAGAUUUAUAUAGAAGGUUGUGAAAUACAGAUUCGCUUAGCUGAAACCAUAUUAAAGGAAAGGUUGCAAACUAAACCUAAACCAACAUCAUCAGAAAAGUACCCUGGAGGAGCAAGACCAAAAGAAGCAACUAGCUCUAGACAAUACAAAAAAUACAACAUAAAGAAAUCUGUGUUUAAAGCUAUACAACAAAUCAUUGGUAAAGAAAUAGUUCAGAAAAUGUCUCAUUCAGAACAACCUGAUGGUAAUUUUGAUUUCUAUCUUCCUGAACCCACUACUGAUAGAACUAUUCUUAAGAUAAAAGAUUUAAUAGAAGAUAUCCGUCAUGAAGAAGUAAAAAUACCAGAAGAUAAGAUGGAUGAAGCUUGUGAGUUUAGUUGGAAUCAUGAUUAUAAAGAAUCUGUAUAUGUUGGUGUUGAUGAUGAUACAAGUACUGUACAUGUUCUGGGAGUAGAUUUUAAUGAAGUUGAAGAAAUCGUCUACAAAUUUAAAAUAGCUGUAGGCUUAGUCACGAUAACUAAUAAAAAACAACAAAGAACAAGAGAUGAUAGUUUUAGUAGUCUUCCACAACAGACAGAACUUCAAGAACAGACUUACAAUACACCUAGUAAAAAUAUAAAGGUCAUUGUUAAGAAGUCAGAUAUUACUAAACUGAAUGUAGAUGUUAUUGUUAAUGCUGCUAAUGGUAUGAUGGCUCAUGGUGGAGGUGUAGCUUCUUUUAUAUCUAAAGCUGGUGGAUACAAACUAAACCAAGAAUGUCAAGACUAUAUCAAACAAUUUGGACAAAUUCCUGUUACUGGUAUUUGUAAAACAACUGGAGGUGAUAUGAGAUGUAAAAAAGUUUAUCAUGCUGUGGGACCAAGAUGGAUUGACUACCCUAAUGACAGAAAGACGUGUCAAGAUGAUUUAUGUAAAACUAUCAUAAGAUGUCUGGUAGAAGCGGAUAAAGAUGGUUAUAAGUCAAUAGCUAUUCCUUCCAUAUCAUCAGCCAUAUUUGGAGUACCAAAACCAAUCUGUAUUGAAAUGUAUGUAAGAGCUGUCCAUAGUUUUGAUAACCUGCACAAUGUCACCAAUCUUAGAGAAAUCUACUUUGUCGAUAUUCAAAAGGAUAUGGUUUCAUCUAUUCAAGGUGGUUUCGAAAUGUUUUUGAAAAAUCCAUUGGAUGAUUUACAAAAACAAACUCUUGGACGACUGAUUGACGAUAUAUCAGGUGGAACAAGAUAUGGGGACAUAGAUUCAGCAACAUCAUCUCAGAGUAAUCCAGGCAGGUCAGAUGUUACCCAAUCACAAGAAUCACAAGUGAAAAUGGUAAUAAAAGAACAGGAAUCUAAAACAUAUAUGAUAUGUUAUUUAAACCCUGAUUUUAGUAUACAUAUUUAUCAAGCUGAUGCAAUCACAUCUACUAAGACAGAAGCUAUUACGACUUGGGAAGAUACACAACUCAGCAACUUUAAUGCCAAUACUAAAGUUAUCAUUGAAGAAGCUGGUCAAAAUUAUGAAGAUGAAAGAACAGAGAUAAAAACUAAGAACAAAAAUAUGUUUAAAGCUGGAUCUGUUAUUACUACAUCAGCUGGUUCAUUACCAUUUAAAUAUAUCUUCCAUCUUGUUUCUUCAAUUAAACCAAAAAAAGAAGAAAUAGAGAGUUUAAUCUCUAAUCUUAUUGAAGAGACCAGAAAGACAUCAGUUCAUUCGGUUACCACAGGUAAUGGAAAUCUAGAUGCUUCUAUGCUGCUUGAUGUUUUGUUGAAACAACUACAAGAAAAUAUUAAAUUGAAAAUAUCGUCCACCUUGAAGGAAAUACAUUUGGUUGUUAAAUCAGAGGAGAUUAUGACAAAGAUCCAUAAACAGCACCAAGAUCUGGUUCAUCAAGAAGAUGAUAAAGCCGGAAAUGAUGAAUGUAGUAUUUGUAUGGAAGUUAUAUCAGAAAGGAAGAAUUUACCAUGUGGUCAUUCUUUCUGUGGACCCUGUAUUGAUCAAGCAAUGAAGUGUAGCAUAUUCUGUCCUAUUUGUAGAAAAAAUGUUUAUGGUGGUAUACAGACAGGUACCCAACCAGAUGGACACAUGGAAGUUACAAAAAAUAUAUAUAGUCAUCUUCCUGGAUAUGAGAAAUAUUGUACUAUAGAAAUCAAAUACAUAUUCAGAGAUGGCAUCCAGUCGGAGAAACACCCAAACCCUGGUAAACCAUUUAAAGGUACAACAAGAACAGCUUAUUUACCUGAUAAUAGAGAUGGUCAAGAAGUCUUGUCUUUAUUGAAAACAGCCUGGGAUAGAAGAUUGAUUUUUACUGUGGGUAAAUCUGUUACAACUGGACAAAAUGAUGUUGUAACCUGGAAUGAUAUUCACCAUAAAACAAGAGUACAUGGUGGACCAGACAGUUAUGGCUACCCUGAUCUUGGUUAUUUGAAUCGUGUUAAAAAAGAACUAAUGGCACACGGUGUAACACCAGAAAAACCAAGAUAAUACAAUUGCUAUGGAAACAAAAAAAAAGAAGGGAAGAAGAUUUUUUGCUAUUUAUAAUUGUUUUUUACAAAUUUAAUUUUAAUUUUACACACCGAUAUUUUCUUCUUCACCUAUAUUGUUUGCUUUUAUAUAGUAAUCACUCCAGUCUAUCGAUCUGUCUAAUAUUUCUUUUCGGUACCAUAUAGACUCCAUUCUAUCAAUCUGUCUAAAAUUCCUUUUCGGUACCAUAUAGACUGAUUUUCUCAUCAAAUCAAUUUCAAAUUUAUAUUGAUUGUUAGAUUAUAUUAAGGUGUGGGCACUCACAUAUUUUAUUUUACAUUAAAAAGUUUACUCUGUAGAUUAAGCCAAUAUUGUGAUGACAGACAUUCUGUUCACCAAUGCCAAGUUUAUGUGGAAAAUUAAAAAACUGACUUUUUGCCUUGUACACAGACACAAAGGGCUUACAUCUCUUCUGAACCACUGAUGCGUGCGAGGUAGGGACUUAAAUUUGAACAAAUUAAUACUAUUCUUACACUAGUUUAAAAAAAAAAAACUCUAUAGUUUCAAGAUGUUUUCAGGUAAAUUAUUUACAACAGUCGGUAUUGAAGUCAAAUAUAGAGACCAAUGUAGUAAAUAUUAUAUUAUUAAUUUUGCAGUGCAAAUCAUUGAAAUCAGGUCAAAUAUCUUUGUUUACCGUUACAUGGAAUAGGUCAGGAUUUAAACAAUACAUCAAAGGUGAUUUUCCGUGCUCUCUCCCAUUUAAAUUGUUUUUCCAAUUGACCUCAUCAAUAACAGAACUUUGCAAAUGUUGAGGUGAAACGGUUAAGUAGGUCCGGUUUUUAAACAAAGGUUAUGUGCAACUUUUAAAAAACAGGAAAGUUUGCCUGGUUGAAAUGUUUUUCAUUUCAACAUAGCUACCUUUUGGCGGAUUUUGCUUCGUGGAAAUGUUUCUUGUUUUAACUUGAUUUGUGAGUUUUUGGUCGAUUUUAAUAUAUUAUUCUUUAACUAGAUAUUGUAAUUAAUGUAUAAGUGUGUGAUUUUAUGACAGAGGUAGUAUUAAUUACAUUUUAAAUAUUAUUGAUUUUCUGAUAUAAAAAUAUGCUUACUAAUUUGUAUAGCCAGUUACCUGAUUUAUUUUUAUAAGUCUUAAAAUGUGUGAGAGAGUAACGGCCCAAUGCUUUACUCCACAAAAACAGAACUUUACUAACAGGAAGUCAUAUGAACAGCUUUUAGUGAGUCAGCAAUAAAAGAUGAUGACAACUAAUCUUCAAAUGAAUUUGAAAAGGUCAAAACAAGAUGAAAUGUCGAAUUGUAGACACAAUUUAGAGGCUAAAGUUACAAUUUGAUUGGCAGUAAACUCAUAAACAGUGUUUAUAGAUUUAACAAUUUCCAACAAUUACUGUCAGAGUUUUUGCCCUUGAUUAAUUUAAAAUAUCUUGUGGACAUUCUAGAAGCUAAAGUUAUCAUUAUAGUAAUAUGGAUGGCGGGGAUUUGUGCUAAAGAACUCAUAUGUAGAAUAAUAUUAUGGUCUUGAUUAAUUAUUCUCCAUUGUCAAAAUAUUAGCUAUGGUAUAAUUUUAUUUUGAAACGCAAAUUAAAUUGUUUAUGAAAUAUUGUACCAAUAACAGGACAUGGGGGGCUAAAGAUUAGAAAUAGAGAAAUAUGGUGGUUGAAACAAUAUCGUUAUCUUUACAAAUUAAUGAUUCUAAGUUCAUAACCAAAAAUAUAGAAAGUAUAAUGGUUAUUUAGAUAUGUUAACGCAGCUAUAGUUUAGUAACAUGUUGGUCAUUUGCAUUUUUGCAUUCUUCAAGGAUAAAUUGUUAUUGUUUGAAAUACACGUGAGUGGAAAAUUUCGAAUUAGCCUACCCCACAGACAAAUUAGGCACCUAUAAAUAUGAGGGAGUGGGGGCUAGAAUAGACAGACAUGCAUUGGUUUCUUUAGACGAACAUUUCACGAUGUCUAGCCACGCUGGUUAGACUUUUACAGGAAGGAGUGGGGUUAAGAGAAGGAGAUGUUAAUUUUAAAUAUUGUAAUACAGACUAUUGUGUAACUGUUGACAUAAAAACGUAUAGCCAAAAAAAAAUAUCUUUGUUCCUGUUAC